AUGGCCUCAUCUUCACCACUUCGCCGCUUCAGCCUCGUCUUUCACGUCCCGCCCGCUAACGCCGCAGCAUGCAAAGCGGCUAUUUUCGCAGCCGGCGCGGGCCGCUAUCCGGGUCCCGGAGGCUAUACUGAGUGCGCGUGGCAGGCGAUGGGAACAGGGCAGUUUAGGCCUGGAGAUGCGGCGAAUCCGGCUAUUGGUAAAGUUGGCGAGUUGGAGGAGGUUCCGGAGGUCAGGAUCGAGACGUUGGUGGUGGGGGAGGAUACGGUUCGGAAGGCGGUUGCUGCGCUUAAAGAGGCUCAUCCGUAUGAGGAGUGUCCAUAUCAGGUUUAUCGAGUUGAGGACUUCUGA